GGUUUGUUCUCUUCACCAAACUCGUUUUUCAUAGCAAGAAAUGGCCUAUUCACUGUCGCCAAAGAAGGCUGGUCUGCCACGAGAGGUUUUGAAAUGGCUGCAAAGUCUUGAUUUAUCGUUUUUCCCAAAAAACGUUCGCAGAGACUUUUCCAAUGGAUACCUCGUGGCAGAAAUAUUUUCCUGGUACUUCCCAAGGGAUUUUCAAAUGCACUCCUUUGAUAACGGAACUUCAUUGGCUGCCAAACAAUCAAAUUGGUCCCAAAUUGAGAAAUUUUUUGUGAAGCAAAACAUCAGUCUGGUCAAGGAGAUGAUAGAUGGCACAAUCCACUGUAAACCUGGAGCUGCAGAGCUUCUUGUACAGGAGAUUUACACCAUCCUGACCAACAGAAGUAUCCAGGCCAUCCAGAGGGUGGAGCAAGGCUUUACAGAUAAACCUUACCAAGACCAGUUGCCUAUGGUGGCCCGAGCCACAGCCUCAGUGUCAAUAAAGAGCAACCUGAGUCUCACUGAGGUUAAAGCUGAACCAAACAUCAUCACCAAUCAGCGCAAGGUCCUCGCCAUCAUACACAGGCACUUAGAGCAAAGAAAAGAGGAGAGAGUCCAAGACCCAAAACGCUUCAAUGUUAAGCCCACUCUUGGAGAACAGGCUGUCAGGUUGUUAGCCCACCAGCAUGAGCCAAAUCUACAGAUGAACACCAGUCAAGCAGCUUGUUAAGUGCCUGCCUUCCCAACAAGAGGAUGAGACAUAUGUUCAGUGGUGUCUGGAACCAGAAGCGAAUGCAUUGCAGAUAUUGGAUGCAAAUUGUGAGACCGUUUGAGGUAGAUAUCCAACAAAGGUCUUCAAAGCACAUUUCAGAAUAAGGCCCUUGAGUUUUGAGCAUAAGGUUGAUUACCGCAAUAAAAUAUCUAGUUUAACAAACAUA